UUCAAUUGCAUGUAGUUGGCGUUUUUUAAAUAUUUAUCAACAUGACAGAGCUUCGUGGCACUAAAGCAUUGGAGAUGUGGUGUCGACGUGUGACAAAAGGUUAUAACAAUGUUAACAUUGAAAAUAUGACAACAUCCUGGCGUGAUGGACUUGGAUUUUGUGCAAUUAUUCAUCAUUUCCGUCCAGAUUUAAUUGAUUUUGAUAAAUUACAAAGCUCGGACAUUUAUCAUAAUAAUGACUUGGCCUUUACAACAGCUGAAAAAUAUCUCAGUAUACCAGCCUUACUUGAUGCUGCCGACAUGGCUGCCUAUACAGUACCUGAUAGACUAUCAAUACUUACCUAUUUAUCACAGCUUUAUCAAGCAUUUAGUCAUGCUCGAGUGCCAGAUGUUGACAAAACAAAAUUGAAGCGAGAUUUCCACGAAAGCAACGAACAAAGCCAUACUUCGGACAUAAAAAUAAAGCCCGAGAUCAAUCAAUUGAAACGCAAUUGCUGUCACGAAUGCAUGCUGCCGGUUUAUUUAACGGAACGCAUAUUUGUUGAUAAACAAGUCUAUCAUCGCAAUUGCCUAAAGUGCAAGCACUGCUCAGCACAAUUGACAAUCGACAAUAUAAUUAGAAGCGAUGAUCAAAAUAUGUAUUGCUCCAAAAAAUGUUCUCAGGCGACAAUGGGUGGACUAAGUUUUAAUUAUUCAGAUGAUGAGGCUGCAUUAAAAGAUGUAAUGCACACAAAAUCCAUUGACGAACCAAAUGAUCAAAAUGCCAUUACAUAUACAGAUAUGCCAGAAAUACAGUCACAUACUACUAUUAAGGAGUCGCCUACAGAAGAAACUGUUGUUCAUACAAAAGAAUCACGUCAUAUAGCACAUUUAAAUGUACAGCUUGUACGGCAAGCGUCGCCAGUAAUAUUCGAGCACAAAAAAUACUCAGAGAUUGAUGGAAACUAUGAAGGCAAGGAAGAGCUAACUGAAACAGAAGCACCACAUAACACAGCAGUCGAUUUACCCACUGAGGAAACAACAGCUGAAAUUGAGGAUGCUGUGCAGUUAGAAGCGGAAAUUCCACAACAAUCUCCAACACUUGAAAGCUCUAGCCAUAUUAAUAUAACUUUACAUCAAGUAACUGAUGAUGAUCUCAUCGAAGCAACUAAAGAACAGCAGGAUGAUGAAUUGAAGCCUGUAUUUGACACUAGCAUAAAAACAGAGGAUAAUCUCACACUUGUGCCUGAAACUACACCCCAUGAAAUGAAAGCAGAAGACCAGAUUGAUAUUAAAGUUGAAGAUACACCAAGCAAAAUUAAAGCAAAGGAUAAUCUAAAUCCGUUUGAUAGUUCAGAUGAUGAAGUGGAGCUGGAAAAGCCAGACAAUGAUAAAUCGGUCUCCAAAUCAUCCGAGACAAUCGACGUACGGCAUAAGCGCGAGCAAGAGGUCAGUAAAAAUCCAUUUGAAAUGGAUGAUGAUGAUGAACAGUCCCCACAUAAGAAACAUGUUUACAAACGCAAUAAAAAGCCAGCUCCAGCACCGCCUAAAUCUGCGCAAAAGGAGACACAAUUAGAAAAUGAUACAACAAGCUCAAAGAGUGCUUCCUUGGAGAGGGAGAGUGCUAGAAGCGCUAUUGAACAAAUACCAACAUUACCUGCCGUUGAACGGCCACCACGCGGUCAGAAGCUAGUGCCACUGGACAAGAAACUUCUAUCCGAUAUGAAUCUUGAACAUUCAACUACUAACAUUCCAUUACAUCAUUCCUACAUAAACGAACGUCAAACAUACAAAUCGAGCAAUGAGAAGCUGUCACAACCUAAGUGGGCGCAUCGUAAAGGACCUGCCCCGCCCAUACCAAUUUCAACGCGCAGUAAACUGGACUCUAUUAAUCUGCAAGGCAUUGGCCAUGAGCUAAAUAUUAUCGAAGUGCAACAGCAGGGAUUGGAGAAGCAAGGUGUUAUUUUGGAGAAAAUGAUACGCGAGCGUUGUGAGGCAAACUCCGAGAGCAUGCACUUAAAUCCAACAAAAUUAAAAGUGUCCUCUGCGAAGAAUACAAAAGAGGUGGAGGACUUGAUAUUACAACUCUUUGAGUUGGUUAAUGAGAAAAACGAACUGUUUCGGCGACAGGCGGAGCUAGUGCAUUUGCGUAAGUUACACCGUUUAGAGCAGGAGCAAACCAACAUUGAGCAGCAGCUACGCACACUUAUAAGCCAGCCUGAUCAUAACAAGACCGAUUCGGAUAAAGCACAAGAAGAGAGUCUUAUCUCACGACUUAUAACUCUUGUAGACUUGCGCAAUAAUGUAAUAGAUUGCUUGGAAAUCGAUCGCAUACGUGAAGCUAAAGAAGAUAUGAGUAUUAAACAAACCCUGGCCGAAUAUAAUGCGGAGCGUGUUCCACCACCGCAGGCAUCGAAAUUUAAGCUGUCAAAAAAAGUAAAACUGCUGAAAAGAGACAAAAACAAAUCUUGAGUGUGUGUGCGCCAUGGUAAAUAUAAUUCACCAUACAAUGUAGUUAAUUACCUUAUAUCAAAAACAUUGUCAUACUUUGUGCUAGGCAACAAUUCUGUCGCGCUUUUGUAUGCACUCAACAAUGAGAUAGGUAAGACAAUUUUUUAUGGCGUAGCGUUUUUAGAUUCUUAUUUGCAUCUAAAUAUAAUAUUUAACUUGACAAUAGCGUAUGCAUGUCUGAAAGUAAAAUAGAGCAAUUAUAAUGUUGGCUCCGUAGAUAUGAAAUUUUUUGAAAGCAAGCGAGCACUUGGAGUGCUUAUUUUUUAUUUGGUAGUCUCGUGUCUAUUUCCUGUUUAUCUCUGACAAUUUUCUGUGAUUUCUGUUCUUAUGUUGGGUACUUAAUUUCUAUUUCAUUUAUUUUUUGUAAUACAUAUUUUAUUUGUUGUUGAUAUGCUAUGGCCAUAAAGAAUUGUUUAGCCAUAUUUACUUUCUCUGAAAUGCGAAUACAAAGUGUAAAGAUUGUUGCAUUGUUAUAUCAACGUAAUGCUGUAUAUAAACUUUAUAAUAGAGUAAUGUUGACAGCUCACAAAGUGUAUUUAAAAUAAAGCCAUAAGCCGAGCUUGUCGCUGUUCAUUCCACUUUCAUCGAAUGUAAUUUUAGUUUGCUUGCAAGAAAAAAUUUUUAUAUAUUUUUGUUUAUUGAUAAGUACCCCGCCCUACUCUUU